GUGCCCAGGCGCCGCGGGCCGGCCAGCCGGGUGGCCGCUGUCACCUCCCGGCUCCGCGCCCGCCUGCAGUCCCCCCGCCCUUCCCCGCCCUUUCUGCUCCUCCCUCCCUCCCUCCCUCUCGCCUUCGUUCCCUCCCUCCUGCCGUCCGUCCCCACAUCUCUGCUCAGCUUCUCCACAGCCGAGGCUCCGGCACCUGAAGGGACAGAAGCGGGCGCGGGGAGCUCCGAAAGGCUGCCGCGGAGCGGGACGGUCAGCCCACUGGCGGCCUUCGCAUGGCCCCACCGUGAGAGGCUGGACCCAGCGACUGGGACCCGGAGCGGUCUACUGGAGUCCCAGGAGCAACUGGGACAGGAUGGAAGCAGCAGCUGCCAUGGAUGAGGAUAAGCUCCCAUCCACACUGCCGGAGGAAGGCAGUGCCACCUGGGACCCCAGCCUGGCAUCUGAGGAGGAGCCUGGGGUCCAGAAUGGACUGGAAGUCAGUGAGGGACUGAGCAACUGCCUCAGCAGCCCAGUGCACGAGGAAAGAGUCACCCUGGAGGGCACCGAGGAGCCCACAGAGGACCCAGAGGAGGCCCUCUCUGCCACCAACCUGGGCCUCUCCCUCACCAAUGGCCUAACCCUGGGACCAGCCAUGAACAUUCUAGAAGAUUCAACAAAGUCCAAGUCCUGGAGGGCUGGUGAGCUGGUAGAGGGGGAGGAUAUCCCCAAGAGCCUCUGUGCAGACACUGAGGAUCCUCAGCUGGGGCUGGAUGGCACCGGGGAGCCAGAUGUGCGGGAUGGCUUCAGUGCCACCUUUGAGAAGAUUCUAGAGUCAGAGCUGCUGCGGGGCACCCAGUACAGCAGCCUGGACUCCCUGGAUGUGCUGAGCCUCACAGAUGAGAGUGACAGCUGCGUCAGCUUCGAGGCCCCCCUCACACCCCUCAUCCAGCAGAGGGCCCGUGAUAGCCCUGAGCCAGGAGCUGGGAUGGGCAUGGGGGACAUGGGGCCUGAGGGAGACAUGGGGGCAGCCGGUGGCGAUGGGGAGCUGGGUAGCCCCCUGCGGCGCUCCAUCUCUAGCAGCCGUUCAGAGAACGUCCUGAGCCGCCUGUCUCUCACCACGGUGCCCAAUGGAUUCCAUGAAGACGGGCCCCAGGGUCCAGGUGGGGAUGAGGAGGAUGACGAGGAAGACACGGACAAGUUGCUGAACUCAGCCAGUGACCCUAGCCUGAAAGAUGGCCUGUCAGACUCGGACUCAGAGCUGAGCAGCUCGGAGGGGCUGGAGCCUGGCAGCACAGACCCACUGGCCAACGGGUGCCAGGGGGUCAGUGAAGCAGCUCGCCGACUGGCCCGCCGCCUCUACCACCUCGAGGGCUUCCAGCGUUGUGAUGUGGCCCGGCAGCUGGGCAAGAACAACGAGUUCAGCAGGCUGGUGGCUGGGGAGUACCUCAGUUUCUUCGACUUCUCAGGCCUCACUUUGGACCGAGCACUCAGAACCUUCCUGAAGGCAUUCCCACUGAUGGGAGAAACACAGGAGCGUGAGCGGGUCCUGACGCACUUCUCCCGCCGGUAUUGCCAGUGCAACCCUGAUGAAAGUACCUCAGAAGAUGGGAUCCACACGCUCACCUGUGCUCUGAUGCUGCUCAACACGGACCUGCACGGACACAAUAUUGGCAAGAAGAUGUCCUGCCAACAAUUCAUCGCCAACUUGGAUCAGCUGAAUGAUGGCCAAGACUUUGCCAAAGACCUGCUGAAGACCCUUUACAACUCCAUCAAGAAUGAAAAGCUGGAAUGGGCCAUUGAUGAAGAUGAGCUGAGGAAAUCCCUGUCUGAGCUGGUGGAUGACAAGUUUGGGACAGGCACGAAGAAGGUGACCCGGAUCCUGGAUGGUGGCAACCCCUUUCUGGAUAUCCCACAGGCUCUCAGCGCCACCACCUACAAGCAUGGUGUGCUGACCCGGAAGACUCAUGCUGACAUGGAUGGCAAGAGGACACCCCGUGGGAGGCGUGGCUGGAAGAAAUUCUACGCGGUGCUUAAAGGGACCAUCCUGUACCUGCAGAAGGAUGAGUAUAGGCCCGACAAGGCUCUGUCAGAGGGUGACUUGAAGAACGCCAUUCGUGUGCAUCAUGCUCUGGCCACCAGGGCCUCUGACUACAGCAAGAAGUCCAAUGUGCUCAAACUGAAGACCGCAGACUGGAGGGUCUUCCUUUUCCAGGCACCGAGCAAAGAAGAAAUGCUGUCCUGGAUCCUGCGGAUCAACCUGGUGGCUGCCAUCUUCUCAGCCCCAGCCUUUCCAGCAGCGGUCAGCUCCAUGAAGAAGUUCUGUCGGCCCUUGCUGCCCUCCUGCACCACUCGCCUCUGCCAGGAGGAACAACUGCGGUCUCAUGAGAACAAGUUGAGGCAGGUGACUGCAGAGUUGGCUGAGCACAGGUGCCACCCAGUGGAGAGGGGCCUCAAGUCCAAAGAGGCCGAGGAAUACCGACUGAAAGAGCAUUAUCUCACGUUCGAGAAAAGUCGUUAUGAAACCUAUAUUCACCUCCUGGUUGUGAAAAUCAAGGUGGGCUCAGAUGAUCUGGAGCGAAUUGAGGCUCGACUGGCCACGCUAGAAGGGGAUGAUCCUUCUCUACGGAAGACACACUCUAGCCCUGCCCUGAGUCAGGGUCAUGGGCCUGUGACUGGCAACAAAGCCACACAGGAUGCUCCUGGGUCUGAUACUUAGCUGGUGUGGACAUGCUGCAAAUGCCCCAGAGGGGUCAGUGAGCACAAUUCCAGCCUGGGGCCACUUGGACCAAGCUCCAGGCAAUUGACAGGCAACCAGAGGGACUUGGGGAGCCCUGUGGACCAAGGAGUUGGAGCUGCCAUUCAUGGCAUUGAUCUUCUUGCAUCCUGGGCCAUCUCUGACCUUGACCUUCUCCCAGCCCUCAUUGCCCUUUCCACACAGGGCCUCAUUUUGUAGGCCAGGGUGUACAUGCUCUAGCACCUCCUCACUGGAGAAGCUGAGAAGGCCAUUGCUUCCCCCAGCCGCCUUCUUCUCAUCAAGCUUCUCCCUCGUCUCCCAUGUUUGUGAGGGCAGGUCUGAACUCUGGACUCAGCCUUGACCCCUACCUUCCUUUUCUCUUCCUCCUUCCUUUGAGUUGACCAGCAGCAGGUCUGUGGACCACCAGCACCAUCUGCUCCUCCUCCUCCCAGAAAUAUCUGCAACCAGGCCCAGUUAUGCCUCACAUUGCAAUAAUCUGGGACCCGGGCCUGCCACUGAUCAGUACCAAGCUGUCUCCACACCCGUGUGUGUCCUCAUCUCCUUCCAGCCAUGGAGGUCACUACUGUCUCCUUUUUAUACAAACAUAAAUGUACAUAUAUAUAUAAAUUAUAUAUAUAUAUAAGGAAUCCCUUUAAAGAUGGGGUUGGAAUUGCUAUCAGAGGAUGAAAUCAGAUGAAGGAAAAGCCUGUUUCAGAGUUUUGCCUGUUAUCGAGUUGGGCUCCAUAGCAUUGACAGUCUGGGAGGGAAGAUGGAGAUAGUGAUGAAACCCCCUCACCUGCCUUUUCCUCUUCCGGCUGACCUGUGACUCACAACUGAUCUUCCAGUUGAUGCUUUUGGACUAAAUAGACAGGACCUGUGUGUGCCACCCCUUCUGUCCCAAGGCGUCCUGGGGGGUAAGUGGGAUGGGACCAUUGCCUUGUUUGUACUUGGGUAUUGAUGUUGGUGCUGCCAGGUCUCUGAGUUCAGAGGUGGCCUCUUGUACAGAACUACUGCAUAGGAAUAAAAGACACUCCACCUGUUGGAGAGAGCCACUUGUCAACAAGCCCAAAGAUGUGUGGUGGAGGAAGUUUAUGGAAGCCAUUAAUUUUUGGUCUUGGGAAAAGGUGGAAAGAAAAGUUGCUGAUUGCUGAUAUUUCAUUUUUCUCAUGAAUCAGAAAGACUUAGCUAAGGACAUAUCUGGAAAGAAUAGAGAUAUUUUCCACAUGCCCAUCACAGAUUAGCAUCCUGCAAAACCUGCAUUCCUCAGGCCCACAAGUGAGUGGGGUGAAGGCACUCUCAAGGUGGCUAUGAUGAGCCAAUCCUUCCUAUUGUUUAAAUAUAUUAAUGUAGUUUGGCCAGCAAUUUGACCUCUGUGGUAACAUAUUUAAUUAAUAAGAUAAGUCAGCCUCUUGACUAAGUACCUAACAUUUCCAAACCCACUCACAUUUGAUGCAGGGACAUGUGACUAUGUGGAGAGAUGUAGUGAUUUAAAUCCAGAUUAUUUAAGUUGGACCAACUGAAGUGUUUUAUAACCAAACCAUCUGGCCCCUUCGUUUUGCUCAGGGGAAGUAAAUGUUCGUUUUAAUGAGAUUGAAAAGGCAACAUAAAAGAGCUCUCUGUACUUUUUCCAUGCUGCCUCAAAGGUCCUUUGAUUUUUUGGUCAGUGUCCCACUCUCUGCUUUGUUGAGGGCGGGUGAUGACCACAGAAGUACAAGCUCCAUCAGCCUCGGACAGAUGUGCUUCCCCGGGCACUAGUCGUGCCUCUCAUCAGUGAAGAAAUUUUUAGUUUGCUUCUUUAAUUGUAUAAUUAUUUAUUUGUAAAUUAUAUACAUGUACUACUGUACUAAAAUAUUAUGUACAUUAUAAAACAUACACAAAAAUAGAAAUUUAAAAGAAGAGGAGAUAAAAUAAAUCUAAAUCAAAGUUCUAACACUUCUUCCUGUAUUCUAAUGAACCAUCAUGUUCCCUGCCCCAAUUUCUGCCCUAAUAUACCCAUUUUCUAGGACUAUCCAAAUCCAUGGCCUGGAGAGAUGCGAUAAGUGGUCUGCGCCACCUGGUGGUCCUGGGAAGUGGUUGCAGGUUCAGGGGCUCUUGGGGUAGGAAGGGAGCUGGCCCUUGGAUCUUGGUUUCUUGUGCCUCCAUCCUCUCAUUCCAUGAGGGUCAACCCUGUGCUGCACACUGUGCUGGGUAUUGGGGACAAUGUGGUGAGAAAAAAUUAGACCAGUUUCCUGUUCUCAUGGGGCUC